AUUUCUAGAAUCAAACGUACACUUUUCGGUUCACAAUCUGUUUGACAAAAUUAUUUUCAUAGUUACAAAUCAGGUCACCCUACUAAACUGCUAAAACAUACUGUACUGUGUGUCUGCUGCCUGUUCGUUGUCAGAGCCUAAAGGCCAAUCACCAAAACAAAGGGACUAAUGCAAGUGUGGACUUUAGUCCGUGCUAUCAACAGGCUCCAUUCUGCAAUAGAUUCAUGGACGGGAGUAACAGCAAACUCAUUCUGUUGACAACAUUUGAGAUAAAACGGCGCUACCGUGCUGCUCUUUAUAACGUUUUAUAAACUCAGGGGAGAACGGUAUCCCUCUCCAUUCAGCGCCACUAUAAUCCUGAGGGGAGGUUCUUUAAAACAUGCAUCCAAUCCCRUGGCUCCCUCACAUAAMUAGACCAAUCAUAUGCUUCAAUGUGCCGCGGWUCACAGUGCUGUGACAAGACAGAGGAAAUGAGAAGAGAUUCUGAUCGUGAUGUUAAAUUGCUUUUCUCAAAAGCUCUACCCGGAACAGUUUUGAACACAAGUCAUAUGACCACAGUCAUGUGYUAGUUUACGGACCAGUAUGAUCUACAUUUACUGCACAUAACGAAAUGGUAGUUUCCCCAUAAUGUUUUACAGUAGAUUAUGCCUGUAAACCGAUAUAAAACGUUGCGGUUUAGUUUGAUUCUAGAUAUAAUCGCUUGUAGACGCAGCAGAAAGACGCCGUCCCGUUUCGCCCGGAAUAAACUCAUAGAACAACUACUUACGUAUAAUUAUUCUAUGAACAUUGCAACCUUCACAUUGAUAAAGCCUCCGUUUUUUUAACAGUAAUGUUUGCUCAGGCAAGCUGGGUAUUUCUCUUGCUCGCCGCUUUGUUGAUAGCAAUACCAGCAAGCGGGACGCGAUACCAAGCGAACUGGGAGAGUUUGGACGCAAGACCACUUCCUACAUGGUAUGAUGAAGCCAAGUUCGGGAUUUUCGUCCACUGGGGGGUGUUCUCCGUCCCCGGGUUCGAGAGCGAGUGGUUCUGGUGGCAUUGGCAAGGCCAAAACCCACCUGAUCCGAAGUGUGUUCAGUACAUGCMGGAUAACUACCCGCCCGGGUUCAGCUAUCCAGAUUUCGCGCCCCAGUUCCAUGCCCAGUUCUUUGACCCGGAUGACUGGGCUGACAUAUUCGAGGCUUCCGGUGCAAAGUAUGUGGUUCUGACAGCGAAGCACCAUGAAGGAUUCACCACCUGGCCCUCMUCCUACUCCUGGAAUUGGAACUCUGUGGACACUGGACCACACAGAGACCUGGUGGGAGACCUGGCAGCUGCCGUACGCAACAGGUCGCUGCACUAUGGACUCUACAACUCCCUGUAUGAAUGGUUCAACCCUCUCUACCUGGCGGACAAAAACAACAACUUCACAACACAGAACUUUGUCUUGAAGAAACUGCUGCCUGAGCUUUAUGACAUGGUCCUAAGCUAUAAGCCAGAACUGAUCUGGUCCGAUGGGGAUUGGGAAGCUCCUGAUACCUACUGGAACUCAACAGAAUUCCUGGCCUGGCUCUACAACGACAGUCCCGUUAAAGACGUGAUUGUGACCAAUGACAGGUGGGGUGCGGGGUGUUACUGUAAACACGGUGGCUACUAUAACUGUGCAGACAAAUACACCCCUGGGGAGCUUCCCAAACACAAGUGGGAGAAGUGUCAGUCUGUAGACACACAGUCCUGGGGUUACCGCAGGACCAUGAAGCUCUCUGAACUGAUGGACCUGCCCAGUAUCGUACAGGACCUGGUCCAAACAGUGGCCAUGGGGGGUAACUAUCUGCUGAAUGUGGGUCCUACCCCCGACGGCAUGAUCCCCCCAGUGUUUGAGGAGAGGCUGAGGGGCAUUGGGGCCUGGCUGGGGGUCAACGGAGAGGCCAUCUACUCCUCCAAACCCUGGAGGCUCCAGACCGAGAAUGCCACCGUACCUGUCUGGUAGGAGAGAGAGAGGGAGAGAGCGAGGGAGAGACGGAGGGAGGUGAUGGGGCUUCUAGUGGUGUUUGUUAAGGGAUGGAGGUGGAUGGAGGGGAUACAAGUGGUUGCAGGAUUUAGUUUCAGCCUGGCAUUAACACAUCUGAUUCACUGACUCCUCUAAGCAGGGCUUUAAAAGUAAUGUGUUGAAUAGCUCUCUCUCUGUCUAUCCCUCGUCGUCUCUCU